CUCAGCUGUAAACACAAUUGUCGUCUCAACUCCUGAGGACUUCGAUCUUCUUUCCACCCUUCUUGACCCUCAUCAUCAGAGUCACCAUUUAGCCUCGGCGCGCGCACGGGAUAGGACAACAAUCGUCAUCGAUCGCCAAGUAUCUCGAUAUUAGCUACGAUGGCUAUCUGGAAACGGUUGACAGUGUCGUAUACGGGACAAUUCGACCCCACAUAUAGAUUCGAAACAUCCUGGAUCCUUCCGCCUGGCGUCCUGUUUGGAAUUCGCGCGCUGCUGUCACUAUAUGCAUUCGUCACGUUAUUCACCAUCUUUGGCUGGAACGGCACCCAUGGCAGAUCGGAGGACUCGCAGCGCUCGUUCUCGUACUUCACCAAUCUGACGUAUUGGGGUCUUGCGUUCUAUUACGCGUUCAGUGCUGCACAUACUGGCAGCUAUUGGCUCACCGGAACUCCAUUCCUUGCUCGAUGGCCAAAAUGGCUCCAGGUAGCCCAUAGUAUGUUCUACUCCACUGUUGUCAUUUAUCCGUGGAUCGUUACUGCCGUCUACUGGGGUAUCCUCGCCUCUAAUGGGUUUCCCACCACUUUCUCACUAUGGUCCAACACGUCUCAACAUGCGCUUAACUCGGCAUACGCCUUUUUCGAAAUUUUCUUUCCACGGACUGAGCCAAUACCCUUCCUCAACAUCAUACCGAUCGUCAUCUUGCUCGCUUUGUAUCUUGCACUAGCUUACGUUACGUUUUACACACAAGACUUUUACACGUAUGAAUUCCUCGACCUGCGUAAGAAUUCGUCUGGUAUAGUGGGUGCUUACAUCAUCGGUAUUCUCGUGGCCGCCAUCGUCAUUUUUCUUGUCGUCAAGUAUCUUAUCAUGUUACGUGUCUGGGUUACAGAGAAGAAACUAGGCAAGACUGGAAAGUUCUCUCAUCGUGGCACAGUUACGAUGGCAAACGAGGAAGCUGAGAAGGGUGUCCCCAUGCACGAUGUCAGUGCGAAGCAGCCGAGUGUCGAUGCUUCAUAGCGUUUGAUAUUUCCGUUAGACGUCCGUUAAUCAUCUAUUUAAUACGUAUUGCAAAGUCUACGUCCAC